AACCCGUACUAUCCGCCACCCAACGCAUCGCCGCACAACAUGGCAACACCUCCCUAUCCGCCCAACGACCCGACGCCCUUCAAAGACGUCCUGAGCGUGUUCGCCACCGCGCUCGACAAGGUCGACACGCACAUGACCGCGCGGCUCAACCGCAUGGAGAUCGCGAUGGGCAACAUGGCAAAGGUCGCGACGGAGGCGCUCCAGGUCGCAACCAGCGCGCGGCAGGAGACCAAGGACGGGCUCGAGCGGCUGCACACAGGCGUCGUGAACGCGGCGAAGUGCUCGCUCGCGAGCUCGGAGAAGAUCGAGAUGAUCCUGGGCGACGUGAGCGGCGAUCCGGACGCGGAUCCCGAGCACGAGCGCGCGACGGUGCUCGGCCGGAUACGCCAGCUCGAGCGCGCGGUUGUCGAGCUGUCCGAGAGCGUGAGCGAUCCGGAUGCGGCGCGUCCGACCAUUGUGAGGCACGAGGCUGGGGUGAACACCGACCCCGUCGUGCGCCAGUUGGUCGAUGCAGGAGUCGACACGCUGGACCUCGAACCGCCCGUGAGGCGCAUAGAUGCCGACGUCCAGGUCGAUAUGCCUGCGCAGAUCCCCACAAUAUCGUUCCGUCCUCCCCGGUCAUCUGCGGGGGCACCGCUCAACCGCUACCGAGCGACACCACAGGCUGAAGGAUCGCCAGCGUUACGAGCUGCGUCGGUGGCAUUCGCCGUACAGCCGCUCGCGCCCGCGCACUGGAGCCCAGCGGCCGGAUACACCGACGGCUCAAGCUCGUCCGCCACCAGCAAGGUCCCUUCACCGAGCGUCGACACGUCCACGGAGCGGCUUCUCACCGCUAACGCGCCCGCGACAGUCCCGUCUGCGUCGUCCGAGGGGCGCGCGAGCUCGAUCUUCGACGAGCAGGAGAUCUUGCAGAGCCUCGGGGCGGACGCCGACGGUGGUUCCCAUCCUCCGAGCAGUCCUUCGCCUGUCCCCGCCGCUCAGAAGCCUCCGACACCUCCUCUGCCGCGUACAACCCCGGUCAUACCGCGCAGGUCGGCGUUCGUACGGCCAGGUGCGGCGUCGGGAUCGCCAAUCUCGGUCGCAUCCGCUUCACCUCCAACCAAGGCGAUGACAGUCUCGUCCCCCGCAAGCCAGUCACAGCAGAACGGAUCGCCGCCGAUUCCCAGACGGAACGUGAUAGCGGCCAUGGCGGCUGCAGCGGCGUCUACAUCGGCGUCUACGGCCACAAUGACAACGAUGGCUGCGGUGUCCUCCUCUUCCUCGGCGCCACUCGCACCACGUUCCCCAGUCCCCAUCCCGCGCGGAUUCGGGCGGCUGAACGCCAUAUCGGUGGGCUCGACCUUGUCGCCCUCCAGCGCCUCACAGCCGUCGCCAACACGCGCGCCCGCCGCAACGCCAUCCACGCCUGGAUCGCUCUCGUCGCUGUCCUCGCUGUCAAGCCCGCCGAAGUCCCAGGCGCAGACGUCCUCCGAGCGCAGCGACGGCUCCAGCGCGAGCGCAAGCGCACCGGUCGCAGCACCCGCGCGCAGUACGUCAGCGCGGGGCCGGGGUAAGGGGGCGGCGCGCGGCGGGAAGGCGGGGGCGAGCGCGAGUGCGCGGGUGACGGUGAAGAAGGAGCGGAGCGAGCCCGGGCAGCUUGGGCCUGCGGCGAAGAGGCGGAAGACUAUGGGUAAUGUUGACGAUGUGUCAGCGAGUGCGUCGACCCCGGGUGGGAAGGCGGCGCGUGGACGAGGGGGCGGGCGGGGACGCGGGCGUGGCGGGACCUCGAACGGGAAGAGUGCUGCCCAGGCUAAGACCAAGGCCGAUCCGCCGGGAGUUGGCACGGACUGUCGGUGGCCUGCGAAGAUCGACGGGGACGAGGCGUAUCAGCGCGAGUUUGUGCAAUGCGACAAUUGCGAAGCGUGGUACCACUUUGGGUGCGUUGGCUUGCAGAUGGGCGACCCGCGCCUGGAGCCGGACGCGGAGUUCGUGUGUCCGCCCUGCGAGAGUUCUAGUUCCAACCAUCAACAGCGCCAGGGGCUGCGCUUCCAAGAAGCCGCAUGCAUGCGCCCGGACUGCGAGCGCGCGGGGCUCGCAGAGGACACGAACGAAUACUUCGUCGAGCGCAUCAUCGGGCGGCGCCCAUACGAGGCGGACAUCGCCGACGGUGUCAAGCGGCCCUCGCGCUUCCUCUGGCUCGUCAAGUGGGACGGGUGGAAGGCGGAGUCGGCGUCGUGGCAGGAGCGCGCGCACCUGGGCGACUGCGCGCGGUUCAUCGAGGAGUUUGAGGAGGCGGCGGAGAUCGAGGGCCGCGCGGUCGAUAAGCUGGACAAUAUCAUCGUCUUGAACGAGGGCAUGGCCGCUGGGUGGUGAGUGGCGUGGGGUACUUGUGGUUGGAAGGGCUGUGGCUGUGGCUGUGUGGAAGGGGGGCGCGGUGGAGGUCGAGGGGGAGGGGGGCUUCCGGACUCUUGGUGUUGUGCUCGCAGGUCGUGUUGGUGCAUGUUUUGAUGAUCGCUAUCGUAGCUUUGAGCCUUGUUAUAGUCGUCUUUGUAGCAUAUAGCUUUUCUUCGCC